AUGUCCCCCUACCGACUGGUGUUUGGGAAGAUGUGCCAUCUACCAGUGGGGAUUGAGCAUCAAGCCUUCUGGGCUAUAAAGGAGAUGAACUUGAACACCGAGGCUUGCACUAGAGAGAGGAGAUUACAGCUGCAGGAGCUUGAAGAGCUUCACCUCGAUGCAUAUGAUUCGGCCAUGUGGUACAAGGAGAGAACAAAGAUGUGGCACGACAAGAAUCCCCGGAGGAAAGAGCUCAAGGUGGGGCAGAAAGUGUUACUCUUCCAGUCCAGACUCAAACUAAUGCCGGGAAAGCUAAGAUCAAAGUGGGCAUGCCCUUAUACCAUAGUUGCCAUACGCGCGAAUGGAGCAAUCGAACUCCAAGGAAGCGACCCUGAUUCGUCUCCCUUCUUGGUAAAUGGUCAUCGGGUAAAGCCCUACAGAGACGGGAAUGAGGUGUGCGUGGUGGAAGAAAUUUCACUACUCAUACCUGAAUCUUUCCACUGA